AUGGGGGAAGAAGAUACAGAAGUCACUGUGGAGCCAACAACAAAUGGGACCAGUUCUCUUCAAAAGCCGUCGGAUGAAAUCACUGGAAAGCAGGCGGACAAGAAUGCUAAUAGCAAGGAAACACAGGACAGUAAGACAGCUGAGGGUACUGGACCUGAGAAAAUGGAGAUAGAUGAUGACAUCAAGCAAGAUGAAGAGAAAAAUGAGACGGAAGAUAAAGUGGCAGAGGUUUCAGAAAAAGAAACGAAAGCUGAGACUGAGAAAACAGAAGAGAAAGAUGUUAACGGAGACAAGGAGCCAGCAGAGACUGCUGAAACAAAUGAAGAUAAGGAACAACCAGAAGCUGAUCAAAUGGAUGAAGACACUGAUGGCAAGAAGCUGGAAGCUGAUGAUGGUGUUUCUGGAGGUGUUACAACGGAAGAUACUGUGAUGAAGGAAACUGUGGAGUCUGACGACAAUAAAGACAUAAAAGAUGCUGAAAAUCAAGUGGUGGACAAGUUAGAUAUUACUGAAGGAAGCCAAGAUAAAACUGAGAAAGAACCAGAGGAGGAGAAACUAGGAGGGGAAGUAAAUGGAAACGACGAAGAGAAUAAGGAAGAGAAGUUAGUGGGUGGAGACAAGGGGAACAAUGUGGAUGAGGUUGAAAAGAGGGAUACAAGUGACAAAGAAGAGGCACCAAAGGAAAAGAUUGAGGGCGUACUGGCUGAAGAUGCGAAAGAGGAAAAGACAAACAAAGAAGUGGAAGUUAAGGAAGCGAACAAAGAAGAGGAAGGCACUGAGGUCAAUGAGCCGAAAGAGGAAAAUGAAAAAACAGAGGCUAACGGCGAGGAUGAAAAUGAUAUAGAUGACAGCAAGGAUGAGAAUGAAGAUAAAGAGGAGGAGACAAUUGACGAGAAGGAAGAUGAAAAAGGAGAAAGCAUGGAUGCGAAAGAAGAUGACAAAGAAAAGAGCAAUGAUGAAAAAGAAGAGAGCAAGAAGUCUACCAAGCGAGGGAAAGGGAAGAAUGAGAAGGCUCGCGGAAAGACAAAGAGUGAGCAAGAAAAGAAGAAUGUUGAAAAUGAUAUAGAUGGCAGCAAGAAUGAGGAUGAAGAUAAAGAGGAGGAUACAAAGGACGAGAAGGAAGAUGAAAAAGAAGAGAGCAUGGAUGAGAAAGAAGAUGACAAAGAAAAGAGCAAGAAGUCUAGCAAGCGAGGGAAAGGGAAGAAUGAGAAGACUCGCGGGAAGUCAAAGAGUGAGGAAGAAAAGAAGGAUGUUGAACCUAAGAUUCUUUACUCUGAUCGCCCUGUACGUGAGCGAAAGUCUGUCGAAAGGCUUGUUGCGGUGAUUGAUAAAGACUCUUCAAAGGAAUUCCAAGUUGAAAAGGGAAAAGGAACACCUCUCAAAGAUAUACCCAAUGUUGCUUACAAAAUAGGAAGGAAGAAGUCUGAUGAAGUUUUCAAGGUGCUACACCCAAUUCUAUUUGGUGGGAGAAAAGGGAAAGCUGCUCAGAUCAAGACAAACAUAUUACGGUUUUCUGGUUACAAAUGGCAAGGAGAUGAGGAAAAGGCAAAAGAUAAAAUAAAAGAAAAGCUUGACAAAUGCAACAAGGAAAAGCUGCUGGAGUUUUGCGAACUCUUUGACAUAUCUGUUUCCAAGGCUACAAAGAAAAAGGAAGACAUUGUUGCAAAGCUAUUUGAGUUCUUGGAAAAACCUCAAGCUGCAACUGAUGUUCCUGUUGAGAAAGAGAAGGGCGCAAAGCGCAAAAGAGCUCCUACGAAAAGUUCACAUGCAUCUGGAAGUUCAUCUUCUAAACGAUCAGCAAAGAGCCAAAAAAAGACUGACAAAAAGAACUUACCUCGUUCUGAUGAUGAGUCUGAAGAAGAGAAAGAGGAAGAAGAAGAAGAGAAAGACGAAAAGACUGAUGAGGAGGAGAAUGAAAAUGGGAUUCCUGAUCAAUCGGAUGAUGAGGCGCCUCAGCCUUCUGAAAGUGAGGAGAAAGCUGAAUCUGAGGAGGACUCAGAGGAAGAAACUAAAAAGAAGAAACGUGGUUCUAGGACAGUAUCUGGAAAGAAAGAAUCGGCAGCAGGGAAAUCAAGAAGUAAGAAAGCUGCAGUCUCUACGAAAUCCAGUCCACCAAAGAAAGUUACGCAAAAGCGCUCAGCAGGAAAACGAAAGAAGAGUAAUGACGACGACAGUGAUACAAGUCCAAAGGCAUCAUCCUCUAAGAGGAAGAAGACUGAAAAACCAGCCAAGGAGCAGUCUCCGGUUCCUUCAAAAUCUGCAUCAAAAGAGAAACCAGGAAAAAGAGGCGGAAAAGGGAAAGACAAAACCAAGGAGCCUAGUGAUGAAGAGUUGAAAAAUGCAAUUGUUGAUAUCUUGAAAGAAGUGGACUUCAACACGGCCACUUUCACCGACAUCCUCAAUCGACUAGCUGGGAUGUUCAAACUCGAUCUCACCUCAAGAAAAUCAUCGAUAAAGCUGAUGAUCCAAGAUGAGCUGACUAAGCUAGCUGAUGAAGCCGAGAAUGAGGUUGGUGAUGAAGAAGAUGCUGAGAAAGAAAAAGCUGGUGGAGAGGAGGUUAAGGCUUGA